CUAGAAGCCCUCGAAGGUCUGCUUGUCGUCUGUGCACUGUGAUAAGAACUACGGACAAGUGUCCCAUUAUAUGUGGUGCUUGUCAAUAUUGUCGCAAAAUAAUCGUGAAAUAAACGUUUAAUCAAGUAUUUUUAAGAUUUAAUUCAUAAAUGAAUCCCAAGAUUUGGUGUAGGGUAGUAUUUACCGAAAAAGCUGCGAUUAUUGAUUUUGUGUUUCAACGCGAUUGAUUUAUUAUGGGGGAACAUAUGUCACUGCUCAAACGAUUAUCAAAUAACGUAACGUUUUUAGUACGAAACUUUUAAAAAAACGUGUGUGUAUGUGUGUGCAAUGUAAUUUGUAAUAAAAAUAAACCAAAUAAACAAAAAUUAUUGAUAAUUUUAAGACGGUAAAAUUCCAAUAGCUUCUUGUUGUUCUUCUGUAAUUUAAUAUGAAGUGUAUGAAGUUUUAAUUAAAAAAUUAUCAAAUAUUACUGAGAAAAUAUUUUUUAAAUAAAGCUAGCAACCAAAAUGGGGAGCAAUUCGGCAAGUCAUUUUGUUCUGGAAAAACAAAAAUUUACUUGUGGAACAACAAUUAUUUUGGAUGAGUGUUUAAAAAAUAUCAUUGAUUCUUACAUGAUUCAAGAUAACUAUCCUUUUGAACAUGUCACCCCUUAUUGUACAAGUGUUUCAACAAAUGUUAUCGAUAGAAAUUUAAUGCAAAUUAUUUUUAAAGACCAGCUCUUUAAUAGUUUAAAUAGUCUGUAUAAUGCAUUUAUAGACAAUAAUUACAAACAUAAAAAAAAAGUUGCAUCCAAAGUACCUGAUCAAAUAAGUUAUACGAUUGUGAAUUUGUACAAAAGUUACUAUUUACUUUCGAGUUCAAAAGAUCAUCUAGAAAAGAUCAACAUUGAUUUAAUAAAGAAGUUGAAACAACAACAAAAUAACUCUCCAACUAGUCAAAUAAAAAUGAGCUUAGCCACAUGUUCAAAAUGUUCUCAAAUGGAAAAGUCAUUGACGGACUUGCAAAAAAAAUAUGAUGAAAUUCAUAAAGAUAGAGACAAAAUGGUUGUCAGAUAUGCCGGCAGUGAAAAAAGUCACAUUGAUGCUCAAAGAUCCAUAAAGAGUUUAGAAAAAAAGCUACAUGAGAAUAUAAGCUCAAGAGAAACAUAUCGUAAAAAAAAUGAACAAUUGCAAGAUCGCAUCAUUAAACUUGCAGGGGAAAUAAAUGGAAAAAAUUCUGAAAUAACAACAUUGAGAAAUCAAAUUGAGCAUCAAAAAGAUAAAUUGAAUACUAAAGACUUGCAGUUGCAAUGGAAGGAAAACAGAUUGAAGCAUUUUACACAUUCUUUAGAGGAAACUGACAAAAAAUUAAAUGAUUUAAUUGUUGAAUACAAUAAAUUGAAAACAAAAUAUGAAACAUUGUUACUGGAACAUUUAGCAAAAAGUACUUCCAAUGACGUCAAUGCAAUGAGAAAUUUUUCAGACAAUUCAAAUGCUAGUCCAGUUAAGCUUGUAAGUGAAGGAAAUGAAAUGCAAAAUAUUGAUUUGAAAGAAAAUGAUUCCACUAGUCAAAAUAGUGUAUCCAUAGAAAAUUUGUACAUUCAGUGUGGUAAUUAUGUUGCUCAGAUAAAUGAUCUGCAAAUAAGAUGCGAAAAACAAAGUGAAGAAAUCCAAAUGUUAACAAGUACCCUGUAUGAAAAAGAAAAUAUUUGCAAAGAAGUUGAAUUAAUGAAAAGUAAAAUUGAAGCAGAUGAAGUUCAACUGCAACAAGUAAAUCUACUAAAUAGUGAACUUCAAGCAGACAAACAGGACUAUAAACAACGUUUGAUGGAAUUACUUGAUUUUACCCAAAAACUUACAGAUAAAAAUGUUCAGUUGCAAUGUGAAAAUCAGAAUCUUUCUAGUCAUACCAAACUGUUAGAAGCUAAACAAGAAAAUUUUUAUAAAACUGUUAUAACUUUGCUUACAGAAAAGAAAGAUUUAGAAAAUAAUUUAGCAAUUGAAAAAUCAAAAUUCGACCAAUUAUGGGAAUUUUCGGUUCAUUCAAUUGCUAAACUUUUACUUGAUACUCGACAAUUAACGCAGCUCCUAAGUGAUUUGCGAGGAGAGUAUAUAAUUCUACAGAAGAAAUGUAGUGCAUUUUUUGUACAAAUAAAGCAUGAGAAUUUGGACGGGAUAAUAAAAAUACAUUAA